AUGGGAAAUGGAUUUCUGCCCCAAGAACAGCCUCUACAAGGCCUCGAUGACCCGUACUACGAGCCUUGGGAGCGGCUUGCCCGCAAUCUAGCAGUAUCGAUUGAGAAGCAAACUUUUCGUCAACUUGUUCUCGAGAUGCCCCUCCUGAACAUGGACCGACUCCGUGAGCGGCGAGAGAUGCAGAGGGCUUAUGUCCUGUUGUCCUUCUUCACCCAGGCCUGGAUCUGGCAGCGACCUGAGCCCUGCGAGAAGGUUCCUCCAAUACUCUCCAAGCCAUACCUGGCGGUAUGUGAAGCCCUUGGCAUGGUGCCUACCGCGACAUUCGCGGCAUAUUGUCUAUGGAAUUGGCGUCUCCGAGAUGCAAAAGAUGUCAUGCGACCCGAAAACCUUUCAACAAACGUCAGUUUCACCGGACUCACCGACGAAUCAUGGUUCUUCAGCAUAUCCACAGCAAUCGAAGGGCUCGGGGCUCAACUUCUCCAUGACACUAUGCCGUUUGUUGAUGACAUGCAGCAGCUGUCUCUAGCGGAAGUACUUGGCUGUGCCAAAAUACUCACCGGCCAUGUCCGAGCCAUGCAGGCCAUGCUGCUUCGAAUGCGGGAGGGCUGUGAUCCGCAAAUCUUCUACUGGAAGCUGCGCCCUUUGUUGGCAGGAAGCGCCAAUAUGAAAUCCUCAGGACUGCCACAUGGUAUUGUCUAUGAGCAGGAAGACGACACACAGCACUAUCAAACCUUCAGUGGCGGGAGCAACGCCCAAAGUUCCUUGCUACAAUACAUUGAUGCACUCAUUGGACGGGACGACCGCAACUCACCUAGUGGAGAGUUCAUGCAUGCGUCAUACUCGCAGCAGGGUUAUACUCCCGCCGACGUUCCAGCCCACAACCUCACUCAUCUCAUUUACGGUUUCGCCCUCAUAAAGGAGGACGGUCAAUGUGAUCAUUACGACAAAUACAGCGAUGUUGAGGCAGUGUUCGGAGACGACAAUACCGCGCUACCAGGCAACAAUGUGUUUGGCAAUGUCAACCAAAUCCUCAAGCUCAAGGGCCGUCACCGCCAUCUCAAGACAAUCAUCUCCAUUGGGGGCUGGCGUCUGUCGGAGACCUGGUCUGCAGCGGUGUCAACGCCUGAGCGCCGUCGCAGAUUCGUAGAUACAUGCAUGCACUGCAUGUACAACUUCGGUUGGGAUGGUAUCGAUCUAACCUGGAUCUUUCCCAAGAGUGUCGAAGACGCAAACAAUUAUGUGGAGCUAGUCAAGUCUUUCCGUGAGGCUAUCGAUGAUUACGCCACCCGAGCCAAGACUAAUAAGAUAACCUUGUCUGUUGUGGCUCCCAUCCAUGCGAGUGAUUUUGACAACAUGAAAGUGAAGGAGAUGGAUCCUUUUGUUGAUUUUUGGAACAUGAUGGCCUACGGGUUCAAUGGAGAUGCGCCAAAAAUGAGCGAUGCCAACCAUGCAGUGCAUUCGGCGCCCUGGACAGUUUCAUCCACCCGUCCAUCGUCAACACCGUUCGCCGUCCAGUCCGCUCUCGAUCUUUAUCUCACAUCUGGUGCAAUCAGCAUGCAUAAGAUCAACUUGGGAAUCAGCCUCUACGGUCGAGCCUUCUACAACAAUAUAGGACCUGGCCAUUCCUUCGGCAUUCUGGAAAAUGACUGGUUGCCACAUUUGUUUCCGAAAAAAACACUACCACUGCCUGGCGCUCAGGAACACUGGGACUCUGACGCUCACGCUUCGUACUCAUACGAUGGAGUCAAGCGAAUGAUGGUCUCGUAUGAGAACCGCAGGUCACUAAGCUACAAGAUUGAGCAGGCCAUACAGAACAACCAUGUGGGAGGACUUGCAUUCUGGGACGUCACUGCAGAUGGUGCAGAUGAAAAGAGUCUUCUAGCUUGUGCAAUCGAUCUUUUGGGUGGUCCGAAUCUGGCGGGUGUAGACACGGCCUUUAAUACGGUUCACUAUCCUCUUUCAGACAAAGAUAAUGUAAACUAG